AUGCUUGCGGCGGCCGAGGUCGGCGGCUCCGCGAGUCGCGGGACACUUGAAUUGCUGGACCGGCCGGCGCCCGGCGGGCUGCGCGCUGCUCUCCCUCGGCUCGGGCGGGUGCGCGGCCUGGCUCCGCGGUGCGCGCCGGGCUGGUCGGCGGCGGCGGCGGCAGCGCUCGGCGGCGGAGGGCGGCGCCGCGAUGCUGGGCGGCGAGGCGGGCGCGGCGCUGCGGGCGCUGCCGCGGAGGACCAGGAGAACGUGGACCCCGCGCGGGCGCCGGGCCCGCAGCCCCGCACGCGGGCGGCCCUGGCCGUGCUGAAGGCCGGGAACCCGCGCGCGGCCGCGCCGCAGCAGAAGCCCCGGACGCGGCGGGUUGCACCUCUGAAGGAUCUCCCCAUAAACGACGAGCAUGUCGCCCUUCCUCCCUGGAAAGCAAACAACAAGCAGCCUGCGGCCUUCACCAUUCACGUGGAUGAAGCAGCAGAAGAGGAGACUGCAAAGGGGCCAGGCGAAGCCAAAAAUCCAGAGUGUGAUGACAUGCUGGCUUUUGAUUCUGCCGUUACUUUGCCUGGGCCAAGAAAACCACUGGUACCUCUUGAUUACCCAAUGGAUGGUAGUUUUGAAUCACCGCAUACUAUGGAUAUGUCAAUUGUAUUGGAAGAUGAAAAGCCAGUGAGUGUUAAUGAAGUACCAGACUACCAUGAGGAUAUUCACACGUACCUUAGGGAAAUGGAGGUUAAAUGUAAGCCUAAAGUGGGCUACAUGAAGAAACAGCCGGACAUCACCAACAGCAUGAGAGCUAUCCUUGUGGACUGGUUAGUUGAAGUAGGAGAAGAAUAUAAACUACAGAACGAGACCCUGCAUUUGGCUGUGAACUAUAUUGACAGGUUCCUUUCGUCCAUGUCUGUGUUGAGAGGAAAACUUCAGCUUGUGGGCACUGCUGCUAUGCUGUUAGCCUCAAAGUUCGAAGAAAUAUACCCCCCAGAAGUAGCCGAGUUUGUGUACAUUACAGAUGACACCUAUACAAAGAAACAAGUUCUGAGAAUGGAGCACCUCGUUCUUAAAGUCCUUGCUUUUGACUUAGCUGCACCAACAGUCAAUCAGUUUCUCACCCAAUACUUUCUGCACCAGCAGUCUGCAAAUUGUAAAGUAGAAAGUUUAGCAAUGUUUUUGGGAGAACUGAGUUUGAUAGAUGCGGAACCGUAUCUGAAGUACUUGCCAUCAGUUAUUGCUGGAGCAGCCUUUCAUUUAGCACUCUACACAGUCACGGGACAAAGCUGGCCUGAUUCACUAGUGCAGAAGACUGGCUAUACCCUGGACAGCCUGAAGCCUUGUCUGCUGGACCUUCACCAGACCUACCUCAGAGCACCACAACAUGCCCAACAGUCAAUAAGAGAAAAGUACAAGAACUCAAAGUACCAUGGUGUUUCUCUCCUCAACCCACCAGAAACACUAAACGUGUGACAGGGAAAGACUUGCCUUUGUUGUCUAAGAUGUAAAUCACUCAAACUAUAUGAUGUACAGUUUUUAAUCUUGCGUUUUAGUUUUACAAUCAUUUCUGAACACAGAGGCUAUAGACUAGUACAAAUUAUGGUAUCUAUUACUUUUUAAAUGGUUUUAAUUUGUGUAUCUUUUGUACAUGUAACUGUCUUAGAUGUCUGGCUAUUUUAAGUGGUUUUGUUAAAAGUAUUAAUUAUGCCAGCUGUCCAGAUAAUACAAAUUAAUAAAUUGAUUUGGAAAAUCUGGUUGCUAAGUCAAAUUUAAUUUAAGGUAAAAAUCUGAUGUCAGGAUUUCAUUGAGAAAAAUUUGUUUUACUAUAGAGUGGGGAGUGGUGAGGUUUCUCCUAACAUUGCUUUUAGGAAACAGACCUUCAAAUUCGCUUCUCUAAGCAACUGGACAAUUCGCUGGCUGGCUUGGGUGUAAUAUAAGCAUUUCUAAAUCUAAACGUUGCUUACUUUAUCAGUCACGAUGAAAUGACUGUCAGUCCUUUGCACACUGAAUGAAAAAUACCUUUUACUUAAAAUCUGUAUAAAUAACCAGGUUUAACAAUGGAUUAUGAAUAAAAAAAAAAAAACACCUAGGUGGUUGUUAGCACUGAAUAGCCUUUUAAUAGUUAUAGGCAUAGUAGCUAUAUGAGCUUUAAUUAGCAGGUCUCUUUUUUCUCUUUUUCACUGGCUUUUUGCUUGAUGCUUUUUCUUCUCUUGCACUGAUGGUCUGUGUUCUGUAAAUAAAGAAAAUUAACAUUAACACUAGAAGCUGAUUCCACAGCUGAUUUACCAACCAGCCUUGCACUAUUUUCUUUAUGUUUAAGAUUACCAAAAAUAGGUCUGUCUUUUGCAAAUAGGAUAUAACCUUCACCAACUCUUGAGUAAAAUACAUUAACUUUGAAAGACAUCCAGUUUUCUUAGGUUCUUCUAAUGUAAAGGGGUAUCUUACAGGAUAGAUGAGACUAAAAACCAGAGGUGAAGGUCUGAAUGUGUACAUAUUUGAAAUAAAUCAGAAAUGUGUUACCUGAUUUUCUUCGGAUUCUUGUCUGGUUCUAAAAUGAUCAUUUCUUCUUCUUCACUGUCUGAGAGUACGAUGGGGGCAUCUUUAAGAAAAUGUAAGAAAACAGCCU